AACUGUAUUAAAUGCUAAUAUACAAAACUGCAGAUCUAGAGCAGAUUUCUACCCUGAGGAAGCAGAUUUCCCCUUUUUCUCCCAACGUAAUCUUGACCGGCCCUUCAGUGACUGUGUGGUAAAGGGACUGUGUCACCUGCUUCAGUGAUACUGCUCCCCUCAUUUGGGAAAAUGGUAGAGGGCAGGAGAAAGCUCCAUUUGCGAGACUUAGAGCGCCUGGGUGUUGUGAGUCACUUGCCAUUGUUGGUCUGUUACUUCUACUCAUUUGUAGUUCGAACUUUCCUGUACAGGACGGAUAAGUUAAGAGCUUUGCAAAGUGGUCAGCUGCCUCGUGUGUGUCAAGGCCUGUGAGGGAGUCAUUUGGGGGAAAGUUAAUGAGCAUUUUGAUUUACGCUGAAGCACAGGAAAACAUUUCUUAGCUGGAAUGCUGAGGAGCUGAAAAACUGAUUCAUUGGUUAAUAGUGAUUCGGGUAGACUCUUUUAGUUUCAUCCUAGCUGUUGAAGAAAUUUAUUUAAAACACACCUGCCUGCUUUCUUGCCUCAGUAAGUAUAUUUAGUGAACUUCAUGAAAUCUUUCUUAUAUGUUAGGAGUGUUGGCUUUUUUCUGUAAUGGAGACUUUUGCAGGGUUUUUAGUUUAGUUUUUUUUUUUUAAUAUUAUUGUCAUUAGAUAGACUUAAAAGUCUAGUUGUUAUAUAUUACUUAGCCCUCAGGGUCACACCCAAUAACUAGUUUGGGGUUGGUGUGAAUGAUGGGAGUUUUGUUUUCCUCUCUAUAAUCCCAAUGUAUGGUUUCCUUUUUGCCAUUUUUAUGUGCACACGUGACAUAGCAUAAGAAUACCUUCUCAUUACCCGAAGGGUUUCAGUUAGGUUGUGUUUUGACAAAGUGAAGUUUUACUGUGUUUGCACCCAGCUUUGAUAUGAAAGACUUCUUGCUGCCUAGGAUAAAUUCCAGGUAUAUGGCUCUGUGGAAUAUAAACAGCUGUCUGCUAAUAUGUACUGACACAGAGAAAGAUUAUGAUCGCUAGAAGAGACACUGUCCAGAAACUGUGAACUAAAAGCAUUGCAAAGGUGUUUUUGAACAAACAUUGGACUCCUGUUUCAUUUGAUUGGGUGAAGGUUAAGUUACUUAACUAAAUUCACUGGGAAAUGCUCUGGGGCCGGAAGACAAGGUUAGUUUAGACCCCACUAAUUGCCCGGGAGGAAGCCCAGAGGGUUUCUCAGCUUUUGUGGUGCCAUGGCCUUGUUGCAUUCUGGAUUCUCUUCUGCCACAGUGCAAAGGAAUUGAGGACUCAGACCUAUUGCCAGCCACUUCCUCUGCCUCCAGCCCCUUAGUGAACUCUAGUGCUUGCCCUUAUGUAUGCAUACACCAGUGGACUCAGGUACACACGCUUUCUCCCUGUGAACACGUGUCUGCAUGCACAUGCACACAAACACUUUUAAAACAAUUUUUCUAAUUUUUCAAUUACAGUUGACAUACAAUAUUAUAUAUUAGUUUCAGGUGUAUACCACAGUGAUUAGACAGACAUUUUUUUAUAGUGGUGGGAUUACCAUGGAUGUGCUCCCUGUCAUUUCUGGUGAGAGAAGCAGGCAGGCAUUCCUUCCGUACCACGCUGCUCACAGUGGCAGUGGAGGCCCACAUGGGUUCAUUCCCUCUAUGGAUUCAGGCACACUUGGAGUCAGUUGUCCAGGCCAGGUGUGACAGCUUGUGGAUGUACAUCUGAAUGCGGUCCCUUGGGUUGUGCUUUGUGGUUUUGGGGGAUUUCUCCUUCUAGUCAGUCUCUCAUGGCCCAGGGUUGUCAUGUGGGAAGUCAUCUUAUCCUACCACCUCUCAUGUUUCUCUUCUCCUAUAUAUUGUUUCUAUUUUAUAAUUGUAAUGGUGUCUUUUUUGGUUUUGUAGCUUUUUGGUGGUGGUAAUGUAAGCACGUUUAAAAAAAAGUACAAAAGAUACAGGAGGGUGUACAGUGAAAACUAAGUCCCUGCCUUCCCCUAGUCCUAGCCUCUAGUUCUACCUCCUGACUCCCCACCCCAGGGCUGCUCCUGGGCCUGUUUUCUUUAUAUCCAGCUCGAGAUAAUGCCUCCUUAAUAAGCAUGUGGGCAAGUUCGUGGGCUUGCCCCUAUACUUUAUAUAUCUGAUAGCUUACCAUAGUCAUUGUGCUCUACCUUUUUUCUCAGUUUCUGCAUUGAAAAACACUGAUGAUUAACAAAAUUUGACUGUACCUGAAGCAUGGGAGCCCCGUUAAAAUGAUGGAAAGUUACAUUGCAGUUCUCACAAAGGGAAUAUGCCAGAGUGAAGAAAAUGGCUCUUUCCUUAGCAAGGACUUUGAUGUCCGGAAGGCAUACCUCGCAGGCUCCAUCAAAGACAUUGUAUCUCAGUUUGGAAUGGAAACUGUUAUCAUACACACGGCACUGAUGCUCAAGAAAAGAAUUGUUGUCUAUCACCCCAAAAUAGAAGUUGUCCAGGAGUUUACCAGGACCCUGCCUGCCCUGGUGUGGCAUCGACAGGACUGGACCAUACUUCACUCGUAUGUGCACCUCGAUGCCGACGAGCUGGAAGCCCUGCAGCUGUGCACAGGUUACAUCGCCGGAUUUGUAGACUCGGAGGUGAGCAAUAGAUCAGACCUCUAUGACGUGUUUGUGAACCUGGCAGACAGUGAGAUUACCGUUGCCCCACUUGCGAAAGAGGCCAUGACAAUGGGCAAACUGCACAGAGAAAUUGGUCAGCUAAUUGUUCAGUCUGCAGAAGAUCCAGAGAAAUCCAACAGCCAUGUUAUACAGGAUAUUUCCCUGAAAACAAAAGAAAUCUUCACCAACUUGGCAUCAUUUUCAGAAGUUUCGGGUGAUGGAGGAAAGCUUGUUCUCAAUUUUGAGGCACUAAAGCAAAGACGAUUCCCACCAGCAACAGAAAACUUUCUUUACCAUCUAGCAGCAGCCGAACAAAUGCUGAAAAUCUGACAGCGUCAGAUGGUAUCACUGAGGACUGAUACAAAGCUCUUUGACCAUGAUUUUCCAUUAACUAUGUAAAAUAUUGAAAAUAACAAGGAAAUGUUAUAUUUUAGUGAUUUAUUUGAAAGUAUUGAGAUUUGACCUGAAGAGCACUGAAACACAUGAAAACACUUCUGAUCUUCUCUUAUCCGAUUAGUUCACACCUACUCCCAAUGCUGGACAGAGUGCUGUGACCCGUAAAUAAGUUAUAAGGUGGCCCGCUGUCCUGGGUAAGAGGAAGCAGCGCUGCCGAGUUCUCACGCAAAUCAGCAGCUCCGAAAGCCGUCGCUAUUGUAAGUUUGUUGUCACCUUGUCGCCAUGAGCAGUUUUUCAGAAAGCUGCCUGAGAUUUUGCUUCAUAUUCUAGGAAGAACUUUCAUUCCUCAUGAGGAGCUCCUCUUUCUGAGCCAAACUACCAGGUUGUCUGCCGAACUGUCUAGAAGAUCAUUCAAAAGACCCUGCAGUUGCACUUUCUUAUAAAAGAAAAAUUUUUCCUUGGCCUUUGAACACUUUGCCUAUAUUAUGAGGGUUUUGCAUAGAUUUUAUACUUGAGUAGACAACUUUAGUAAUCCUUAUUUAUACUGUCUCCAAGUGAGCAUUUGGCAAACUUAAGCCAUCGGCACUCUUCAAUUAAUCUUCUAGCAAUAUUAUUUUGAAAGGCCAGUCCUCAUAGGGCAGAGUCAGAUAAGCACCCAUUUUGAAUAGAAAUGUCUGUAUAACUGAACUAGCAAUUUGACAUAAUUGGUAAGGGAGUGUGAGAAUGACCUGCCUGCAAGGGCCAAACCCGAGAAUGUCUUCAAAUAACUCCAGUAAAAAGUUAACUUGGCCACAUAUGAAGCUAACUGUUCCUGUUCACUUGUGUACCUUUCUCAUAAUUGGAUACUUAAAAGUUGCAAAAUAAGCACAGAGGUCUAGGUUAUGUUCUUGUUUUAUUAUAUGUAUUCAUAUUAACUACGAAAGGUUAUUUUACAGUCAGUACUGUUGUCCUUAGAAAUGUUAACCCAGAAAAAUGUUUGCAAAAAAAUCUUGUCUCUGUUGGAUCUUUCACUUAUUCUUGUUAAGUAAAAUGUUUGAAAUAGCUCUUUCUCUUCCACCUUGGGAAAGGGUGGACCUGAAAUGAGAUUUUGUUUACUAAAGCAAUUUAAAACUAAACUUGCACUUUAUGAAAAUGAAUACUAACAUCUUUUUCUCCCUCAUUUUUGUAUUACUGUAUUAGCUAAUGAUCAAAGUUGUUAAAAUUACGAAUGUAUGAUGCAAAAAUAAAAUGGAAAUAUUUUGAUACUCAA